UCUAAGAUGAAAGCUCCAUCUGGGCAAGGCAUCAGGCUGGCAUUCCUGCUCCUGAGCCUGGCUGCCCCCUGCCUUCCCAGCCCCCUCUGGAAGGACAGGGACUCCCUGAUGCAGCAGGAGAAAGCCCACCAGACAGGUGGCAACUUGGUGCUGAGCAGGCAGGAGCAGCAGCUCAGUACAAAGCUGGUAGACCUCAAGAAGAAGGAAGUGGAAGCAGCCAUAGCUACAGGACAGUUCCCUCCAAGCAUGCACUUCUUCAGGGCGAAAAGCCUCAUUGACCAGAGCAAGGUGUUCAGCAUCUUAAAGCGCAUGCCUAAAGGCGCUGUGCUCCACCUGCACGACUUCGCCAUGCUGAGCGCGGGCUGGCUGGUGUUCAAUGCCUCCUACCUGCCCGACUGCCACAUCUGCUUCACGGCCGCGGGCUCGGUACGGUUCCGCUUCUCCCGGCCGCGGCCGCCGCCCGCGCCCCGCUGCUCCCCGUGGCUGCUGCUGGGCACCUACCGGCGACAGCUCCGCGACCGAGUGGCCGAGUUCGACAGAGGCUUGCUGAGAAACCUGACCCUGGUGACGGAUAGCCCUGAGCUGGCCUACCCUUCUCAGGCUUUCAUUUGGAAAAGAUUUGAAGAAGUCUUUCUCAUUGCCUCUGGACUUAUCUGCUAUGCACCUGUGUUCAAGGCCUAUUUCUACCGGGGGCUGCUGGAGCUCUAUGAAGAUAACAUACAGUAUGUUGAGAUAAGAGCUAUCCUGCCUGCGGUGUAUGAACUGGAUGGCACCAAGCACAAUAAAUCCUGGUCUGUGGCAGCCUACCAGGAAGUGACCAGGCAGUUUGUGAAGGAGCACCCGGACUUUGUUGGAGCCAAGGUUAUAUUUGCAGCACACAGGAUGCUGAAUGUCUCCCAGAUUAAAGAAGACAUCAUCGCUGCCAUGGCACUCAGAGCCCGCUUCCCAGACACCCUGGCAGGCUUUGACCUGGUCGGUGAUGAGGACCAAGGUCAUUCUUUAUGGGAGCUGAAGGAUGCCCUGACCAUCCCAUAUUCCAUGGGGGUCAACUUGCCUUACUUCUUCCAUGCUGGGGAGACUGACUGGCAGGGCACCUCUGUAGACAAUAAUGUGCUGGAUGCAUUGCUACUGAACACCAGCAGGAUUGGCCAUGGACUCGCUCUCAUUAAACACCCAGUAGCCAAAAAUUUGUCUCUGAAGAGGGAUAUUCCUGUGGAAGUCUGUCCCAUCUCCAACCAGGUCCUGCUGCUGGUAGCUGACCUGAGGAGUCACCCUGCAGCUGACCUCAUGGCUGAAGGGCACCCCAUUGUGGUCAGCCCCGAUGAUCCCCCCAUCUUUGGGGCAAAGGGAGUCUCUUAUGACUUCUACGAGGUGUUCAUGGCCAUUGGAGGCAUGAAUGCUGACCUGAGGACCCUAAAACAGCUUGCACUCAACUCCAUAAAAUACAGUGCCAUGCUGCCGGCUGAGAAAGCCAAGGCCAAAGAGCUCUGGCAGAAAAAAUGGGACCAAUUUGUGGCUGACCUCUCUGAUAGCUUUCUGAGGGAGCUGUAGAGAGGACAAGGCUCAUCUCAGAAAGCAUUUGGCAAGCUAGAGUGAGCCAGACUGAUUGCUAAGAGGGAGACUGCCUCUUCCAUGUGACCUGAGCAGAUGAAUGGAUGUCAAAGUCUCACCUGGCCACUCUGCUAAGCCAGGCUUAAUGGGCUUAAAGCUAAGAAGGAGCUGCACUAUCCUGUGAAACUCAUGGGCUGCAGGUAACAGGGAGCAGUGAGCCUUUAGAGCAACCACAAGAAAUCACCCUGCUCAAGAGUCAAAACAAUUAAAACUUGCCAAUGGCCAAAUCCUGACACCCUUAUUCAGGAAAAACAUGCUUUCCAAUGAGAGUCAGCAGGAGAUUGCCAACACGAGGAUCUCUGAAUUUUGCCUUAUCAUUACAAAAUGCAGACCUUGGCCGGAAACAGCAAAGACAAACAUCCAACCAUUUGGGCCACUGACCUUCAAGAGAGCAAGGACUGAAAAUGACUCUUGUUAUGUUUAACCCUGGGCCUGCAGCCAAAAUAGCACUGCUAGGUCGAAGAACCAGUCAUAGGUCUGAUGUCUGCUAUUUCAGGACCUACCAUGGCUGGAAACAAGCUGGUGCAACUUGCUCCCACAACAUUUAAGCCUGGUUGCACAGUGAUCAUAAAGCCAGAAGAGAGGUGCCUCAGUUGCCAGCAGUUUUUUUACUACAAACUCUUUUCCUGUCCUCUGGUCAAAAGGAAGACAAAACACAUUUCAGGUUAAGUCAAAAACAUCCUGGCUUCCCAGACCCAGCUUGAUUAAAACUGUCCCCCUGCACAAGGCUGUGUUAACACAGACAUUUAUAGGAAACACCUUUUGGUUUCAGGGAGUUCCACUACCAGCCUUUGUUGCUGUACUCAUCGUGCAAAUGUGGCCUUAUCCUGCCUGUCAGAGAGAUUUUUCACCUUGGUAGAGAACUGCUGUGGAUAUCCACAGGGCUUAUUUGGACCUCUGUGGUUUCCAGC